AUGUCGGGCGGCGCGGCGGGCAGCGCCAAGCCGCUCCCGUCCUCCGGGCCGAAGUCGCUGCGGGAGAUGCCGCAUCCCCUGGCCACGUCCAGCAGCGAGGAGAUGGGGCCGGCGCUCAGCCCCAGCCCCGAUCUGCUCCUGCCCCGCAGCCUCGCCGACAAGGACCUCAGCCUGCCCAAUGGCACACCUGUUGACACUUCUAGCCCGGCCUCCUCCUCAUCUCUUCUCAACAGACUGCAGCUGGAUGAUGAUUUGGAUGGGGAAACUAGAGACCUCUUUGUUACUGUUGAUGAUCCUAAAAAACACGUGUGCACAAUGGAGACGUACAUCACAUACAGGGUUACAACAAAGACUACACGAGCAGAAUUUGAUUUGCCAGAGUAUUCUGUCCGCCGGCGGUACCAAGACUUUGACUGGCUGAGGAGCAAGUUGGAGGAGUCUCAGCCAACACAUCUCAUUCCCCCUCUUCCUGAGAAGUUUGUGGUGAAGGGUGUUGUUGAUCGCUUUUCUGAAGAAUUUGUGGAAACAAGAAGGAAAGCAUUAGACAAAUUCCUGAAAAGAAUUGCUGAUCAUCCAGUGCUUUCUUUUAAUGAGCAUUUCAAUGUGUUUCUCACAGCCAAGGAUCUUAAUGCUUACAAAAAGCAAGGAAUGGCAUUGCUGUCAAAGAUGGGAGAGUCUGUCAAAUAUGUCACAGGAGGCUACAAACUAAGAAGUCGGCCGCUGGAGUUUGCAGCUAUUGGAGAGUAUCUAGACACAUUCUCUCUAAAGCUUGGUACUAUAGACAGAAUAGCCCAGAGGAUUAUCAAGGAGCAGCUGGAAUACUUGGUGGAAUUACGAGAAUAUGGACCUGUUUAUUCAACCUGGGGUGGGCUGGAGGUUGAAUUGGCUGAGCCGCUGGAAGGGGUGUCUGCCUGCAUCGGAAACUGCUGCACAGCUAUUGAAGAACUCAGUGAAGACAUGUCAGAAGACUUCCUGCCUGUGCUUAGGGAGUAUAUAUUGUACUCAGAAUCAAUGAAGAAUGUGUUGAAGAAGAGAGACCAAGUUCAAGCGGAGUAUGAAGCAAAACUGGAAGCAGUAGCUUUGAAAAAAGAAGAACGUCCAAAGGUACCCACAGAUGUUGAGAAAUGUCAAGACCGAGUAGAGUGUUUCAAUGCUGACCUGAAAGCAGAUAUGGAGAGAUGGCAAAACAACAAGCGACAAGACUUUAGGCAACUACUCAUGGGAAUGGCAGAUAAAAACAUUCAGUACUAUGAGAAGUGCCUUACAGCGUGGGAGUCAAUUAUACCACUAUUGCAAGACAAGCCAGAGACCAAAUAAGAAGUACCUUCAUGAACAGUUUAGCACCUCUGUGUUUAGUACCACUAGACAUACUGGAACUGUAUGAAGGACUCUUCUGUCAAGUUAACUGAAGUGCCAGCUGUGUUUAGGCUGGAACAGACCUUCUGAAAACUAUUUGAAUUUCUUCCUCAUUGUCUUUGUUUAAACUGGGAUAUGUUUCAUCUUUUUGAGUUACCUUGAGUGGUUCCUUCUCCAUCCUAUGGAGUGAUCCUGAGCUCAUAGUAAAAGUGCAUGGGGAUCUCAGUAAAACUUACCUCUUUAGUCUGGAAGGAACUGAUGAGUGGAACACUAAAAAGAUGAAAAUAAACUCUGCUGCAAGGUGCCAAAUGACAUCUUUAUUACUGUUUUGUUUGAUUAAAAAAGAUAAUUAUUCCCAUGAUACAGUACUUCCUAACCACUCCUUAUCUAUGUUCUGGAUGGAGAGGGAAAGGCUGGAAAAGAAUGUUUUCUGUUUUACUACCACUUAUAUGGUCCUUCUAGAUGAAGUGAUUUUUGGAUUUUAUGUAGGAGUUGGGCUGGUUCUAGAUAGGUAAAACAUACUGAUACCACCUGCAGAAAGUCUAUAAUGCAAGCAUGAACGGUGGUUUUUGUGAGUGUGGCAUGCUAUUGAUUCAUACUGAAUAUGUUUGUUUAUCUUGGUGAUUAUGAAGUAAUGUUGAUAGGCUGAAGUGUAGUUGUGACUGAUUUGGGGAUCAAAAUAGUCCUCGAUGUGGGAGUGAGUUUAACAGCAGCCUCUCAAAGCUUCUGGGAAUGAUGGAAGCAAGUAUGAGGUCUUUAUUGUAUCUAUUUCUUUUUUUUUUUCCUUUUUCCCUAAAACUAGCUGUGGAAGUUACGUGGUAGAAUAUUCCUGAGCCAUGUUUAGAUCUGUGGGUGGAUGUUUUUGUUUGUUUGUUUGUUUGUUUUCUGAACUAGAGCUCCUUUGGGCUUGGUCGCUGAAGGUGCCAGCUGUAAUAAAGAUGGAACUUUGCUUUCUCUCUCUAUUUUGCAGCCCAAAAGCCAAAAUGUGUCAAGUGCUUGCUUACACUAAGCAUCAUCAUGAGUGUGAAACUUGCCUUAAAACUGUCAGUGAGAUUUGAUAGGGAAAAUAAGGUAUCAUCCCAUAAGGUACACAGAGCUCAUACCUGUCUCUGAGCCACAUGGCAAGUCUUUUGAGACUUCUUUUGGUACAGGUCUAUUUUCCUUUAACUUUUUUUUUUUUUUUUUUUGGCCUUAAAUGUAACUGCAUCUGCAAGUUCUCCUUUCUCUUUCUCUUAUGGUCCAACCUAAAGUAGCUGCCUCCAUGUUGUUAAGUGGCCUUAGGUACCUUCUAGAGAAUGUAAUGCUGCCGUGAUGAAUCUAAGAUCCUUUUGAAUUAACAGCAUGCAGAUAAUUCUAGGUUAACUCUUUUGUCUCUAAGCAAGAGGUUGGGACUCAUGUCAAAGUAACGUCAGGACUUGGAGGAAUAAGUAGCUUUGAAUGCUUACUGAUACACUUUUGAGUGAUUACUUGAUCUUUUGGCAAAGAACCUGAGUGCAGUAAUUGGAAAUGUAAAACUCUUGUGUUAUCCUGUGAUGAUGUAUCGAAUACUACUUUGGUUUGGGUUUUGUCCUUAAGCUGAGCAGGGGAACUUUAGGUAUAUUUAGGGUUUGAAGGCUUUAUAGCAACUGCAAAGAUGAGUUAGCAUUUCAGUUUGAUGGCUGUCAGGCCAUCCCCUCCUUAGGUGGGAAAAGCCUACUUUAAGGUAUUUUAGGAGGUUUUCAUGUUUGACUUGACUUUCUUUGACAGCUUUGAGGUACUAAACAGAAAUGUGGUUAAAGCUGUCAGUUUCUCCUACACUACUGGUGUAAUAACAGCAAUCUAAAGCAGAAUUCAUUAAAUGUAGAACAACCAACCACUCUUGCUUUUCAAAAGAAGUGUUUAAAGGGAUUAUCUUGAAGCAGUAACCCAGUAUUUUCCUCUAUCUUUCUUCCCUUCAAAAUAAAUUCUUGUAAAUGCAUAUUAUUAAUGAUCUGACCACCUUCAGAGUUACAGUCAGUAGAUAAUUUAUUUUCUUGGUUCCAGUGCUAGUAAGAUACUGUAAAUGGAAAAACUAGUCCUGCUUGCCUCUUUCCCACAAACUGAGAUCAUCAGGGUUUUUUCCCUUAGAAAGCUGUGUGACCUGUUUCUUUCUGCGAGAUGGAGUUUCCCAGUGGACUCUGCAUCAGUGAGAGUCAAGUGAAACUUGAUUUGAACUAGUAUUUAGAUAUUGUUCUCUCUACCCAUUCAAAAAGGACUGGGAAAAAAAAAAGUAGACUGAUUCCUUGCAAGAUUUAUGCCCUGUUUCCCCUCAGUGUUGAGUCAAAACUGAAAUGAGUUGGAGUUCUGGGUAAGCUAGUACUGAACAGUGCAGCUGUACGUGAGGAGCGUAAUGGACAAAGAGGAGUCACAAGUCAAGUUUAAUUCAAUGAGCAGCUGUUUCAGCUGGAGCUACUAAAGCUCAUUUUGUACUUUCUUUAAUCUAAGGCCCCUGAUUCUGCAGUCUGAUACUUAAACUACUACUUGACCCAGUUGUGCUUUCAUCUUGGAGAAAUCCCUUUCUGGCAAAGCUGUUGAGACAAAAGAGGACUUUAUUUCCCUGAUGAAGUGCUUGGCUCUUUGACACCUACCAAGUUAAUUUGGAGGAAAGGCUUGAACAUUUACUUCAGGCUGUGGCCUGUAAUAGGAUUUCUUGGAUGACUGGAAAAAACAAAACCUCCCAAACAUCUACAUGGAAAGUAAAACUUGACAUUAAAAAGAAGAGUCCUUUGCAAGAAUUGUGUAAAGAGUGUGUAGUAGUGAGUCUCUUAGCCCCUACGGCUACUGAGGAGUCUCCUUAUAAAAAAAGAGCUCUUGUAAACUACGGGGUUACUAUGGGAAAGGUUGUGAGGUAUGGGGAGAAUCCUGACUUUGAGACGUGAAGCAGUAGGGCAGAGCAGGCAAGCUACAAGCAGGCACGAAAUUCCUUAACAUAUAGCAUACAGUACUGCUGUUAUUGGAAGGUUGAGGUCUGACUCAGUACAACUCUGCAAUGUUGGUCUUAUAAACGUUUGGUGUGUCUAUAUUUGAAAAGCCCAAGUGUUAAUGGUGAAAAGGAAAAGACUUUGUGAAAGGGAACAGAGACAUGAGUACAGCAGGAGUUACAUCUCCAUCAGGAGUAACCUGAGCGUUCUGUGACUUAAGGUCAGCCGCUUUGCAUGCAGUAAAAUGGCAUCUAAAGCAGUUGCACCUUUCCUACGAGCCUGUGUAAGUUUGGGGUCCUUAAACAAUUAAAUUAGCCCAAUCUUGCUUUUAAUCCAGAGCCAGACCAAGUUUUAUCUCAGAAAAUGUGUAGUUUGCUGCUGUCCUGAUUACUUGCAUGCUGUUUCUAGGAUUGUUUGUUUCUUCCUCAAGUGGCACCAGCACAAUAAAGCAAGUACUGAGAUCCUGUUUUCAUGCUCAGUUAUGAACUAUGUUGUUCAUAUCAUCAUCAGGUUCUGACUAUUGCAAUAAACUUAGACAUUAAAACAUCAUUAUGUAUUUUUCAGUUAUCUAUUGAAAUAUAAAAUGGUGUUAGAUACAGCCUUUAAGGGCAUUAACUCUUCAAACGUGAGUUGCAUCAAAAAAUAAACUAAGAUUCUUCAA